UCUUCGUUCGUGGUUCUUCGUUCUUCGUUCUUCGUUCGCACGCACGCUUCAAGGAUCCAGAACUUCCGGGCGCCCUUGACUGCGGAACAGAUCACUCGGAGCCUCGAGGCCUACUUACUGUGGCUUUUCGGCAAGGUGAUGUUCACGGAGAACCAUGUCACCACUAUUAGCGCCCUCUACAUCCCUAUGGUACUCGAGAUAGCGAGCGCUCAGACGGCGGAUCAGAUCAGACAGAGGAGUUGGGGUUCGGCGGUGUUAGCGGCUACAUACCGAGGUAUGUGCAACGGUUGCCAGCUUACAUCGAGAAAGCCAGCCCUUCUUGGAUGCCCUCUAUUCCUACAGCUGUGGUCGUGGGAGAGGUUCUCUAUAGGGCGACCAGAUGUACGGGUUCAUGAGCCUAUAGACGCCAUGUUUGAUGUUGAGGGCAUCGACAUGCCUACUUUCGGUCUGUGUUGGACUCGUCGCAAGAGACGCUUUGCUAGUGAUCAGACCAGGAAGGCGUACACAGCAUUGAACGAGCAGUUCGAUGCGUACACCGGGGUCAUCUGGCAGCCCUACACGGAAGCAGCCAUACAAGCGAGAUACCCUGCUGGUAUGUCUGUGCUAUGCACAAGGGACCGAGAUUACUGGAUGACAAAAUCGAAGAUCAUCUUCGAUGUCUUCGUCGAGGAGAUGGCACAACAGAGGGUUAUGAGGCAAUUUGGUCUUCUGCAGUUGGAGCUACCUCCCCUUAUAGAGAACCCGGUGCCAGCACACAUCCACAGGACGACAAGGAAGGGCAUGAACAGGACAACUGCUGACUGGCUAGUUAGACUAGAGCCGUAUGUUAUAGAAUGGGAGACGGCAAACACAAAUCUAUGGCUAUCUUGA